AUUUCGAACAUUGAGACAGAUCAGAUUCACUCAACCAAGAUCUUUUGAGUCCCAACUACUUCCACUUUGCUCCCCAAAACAUUUCCUACUAUUCUCACCCAAAAGUCAAAUCAGCUGAGAGGAACUCCGCUGAAUUCACAGGGGUUUUGGUUUCGGUGGCUAGCUUUACAUCUAUGGCGGCCUCGAAGUUCCAUAUCUUUUUCUUUGUUUCGCUCUUUUUUGCCCUAAUUUUCACUCUAACGGAAGCCGAUAGUGCCGUUGAAGAAGUUGUAGUUGAAUCCGACAAUUCCGAGGCGUUUCGAAUCGAAGUCGAUAAACUCACCUCCAAGAUCCAGUCACUUGAAUCAUUUAUUGACAAGAAUAAUCAAGAGCUAAAAAACAAGGAUGAGAUCAUUGCCAAAAAAGAAAAGGCAAUCGCAGAAGUUGAAAAAACCAUCAAAGAGAAGUCAGAUAGCAUUACAUCGUUGAAACAUGAGGUAGCUAAGCUUGAGGUUAAAGUGUCCUUAGAUGCUAAUGAACAGGUCAAAAAAGCUCAUACAAAGGCUCAUGAAUUGGAGAAGCAGGUGGAGAAGCUUCAAAUGGAGAUGGAAUAUAAGAACAGCUUGAGGGAGGCCUUGGAAACCCGUACAAAAGAAUUGGAGAAAAAAGUGCUUGAUCUAAACCCCAAGCUUCAAAAUCUUCAACACGUUGUUGAUGAACAGAAGACAAAGCUUCAUAAAACUGAGCGCGCCCUUAAAAUUGCUGAGGAGGAACUUAAGAAGGCAAAAUUUGAAGCAACAGCUAAGGUGAAAGAACUGACAGAGGUUCAUGGUGCAUGGCUACCACCUUGGCUUGCAACUCGUUUGGUUGGUUAUCAGUCUUAUGCAGAGAGCCAUUGGAAUAAGCAUGGAAAACCUGCUUUUGAUUCGUUUUUGCAGAAGGCAUUAGAGAAAAAGGCACAAGCUGAAAAAUGGGCUGAACCUCAUGUGGAGACAAUCACAACUAAAUGGGUCCCAGCUGCAAGGGAAAAAUGGGUGUUGUUCAUAACGAAUGCAGAACCGCAUCUCCAAUCAGUGAAAGGAAAGACCAAAGAGGUUUAUAUUCAAACCAAGGGAACCAUAACUCCACAUAUGAUCAAAAUCAAGGAAGCUGUAGACCCUCACUUUCAGAGUUUCAGGAAGGUUUGCAAUCCAUACAUUGACCAAAUUGCCACUGCAACAAGGCCUCACCUUGAUAAAGCACGUGAAACAAUGACACCUUACACUAAUGAGGCAGUUCAAGCUUAUGGGAGGUUUCUUGAAUCUGCCUCUAAAUACCAUCAUCAGGUUCAAGGCAUUGUUGAAGAAUCACUGAAAAGACAUGACAUUAGCAGAGCUCUUGCAACUAAGGAGUUAGUGUGGUUUGCUGCUUCCGCGUUCUUGGCAUUGCCUAUAAUCAUUCUGUUCAAAACUUUCUCAGCAAUCUUCUUUAAAAAGGCAAAAAGACCAAUUCGCCAUCCUAACCAACCACGUCGCAAGGCUAAACGUGCGCAUCCAGACCAGUAGUAGUAAUAUAAUACACACCACGUUGAAGAUAAAUGCUUUUCUUUAAACAUGAAUACGAGAUAGAACUGAUACUUUCUGCAUGUCGGUUGUGUGUUGUUUGUUGUAUGUUUGUAAUUCAUAGGAAAAGGAAGGAGGAAGACUUGUAUCUUAGAGCUGUGUGUAUGUAAUAUUAUUAUAUUCAUUGUGUAUGUGUUUUUGUAACAUUAUUUUGCUUCGAAUCUGGUUUAGGUCAUUGAUUGUCUUUACCUGGUGUAAAACACGAGUUCUUGGUUUAAGUACUCUUUUAUUUCAA